AUGAUGCGGCGCGCGCGCGGACUCCGGGCGGCGCCGCUGCUGCUGCUCGUCCUGCUGUACCUAGCGGCGGCGGCGGUCGCGCAGCAGGGCCGCCUCACGUCACGCGCGGAUCUCGCGGGCCUCUACGCGCUGCGGGGCUCGCUCGGCCUACGAGCGCGCGACUGGCCGCGCCGCGCCGACCCGUGCACCACCUGGACCGGCGUGACCUGCCGCGGCGGCCGCGUCGUCGCCCUCACCCUCACCGGCCUCCGCCGCACCCGGCUGGGCCGCCUGGCCCCGCGCUUCGCCGUCGAGGGGCUGCGCAACCUCUCGCGGCUCGAGGCCUUCGCCGCCGCCGGGUUCCCGCUACCCGGCCCCAUCCCGCGCUGGCUCGGCGCGGGGCUCGCGCCGACGUUCCAGACCCUCGACCUCUCCGCCUGCGCCGUCACGGGCGAGAUCGCGGCCGAGGCCCUCGCGGGCCUCGCCAACCUCACCAGCCUCAGCCUCGCGGGCAACCUCCUCUCGGGCCAGCUCCCCGCCGCCGCGCUGGCGGGGCUCGUAAGGCUGACGACCCUCAACAUCUCCGGCAAUGCCUUCUCCGGCGCGCUCCCCGACGCCGUCUGGUCGCUCCCGCAGCUCCGCAUUCUCGACGUCUCCCGCACCAACCUCACCGGCGCAUUGCCAUCACCGCUCGUGCCGUCACCAGCCCUGCAGGCGGUAGAUCUGUCCGGGAACCUCUUCUACGGCGCAGUGCCGGACCCCUUCAGCCAGCUCUUCACCCGGCUGGCCACGGCCAACAUCUCCGGGAACUACUUCGACGGCAGGCUAACUGCUGCUGGAAACGUGUCGUCGGCGAUGAACUGCUUCCUCGACGUCGCUGGGCAGCGUACCCCGGAGGACUGCCAGCAAUUCUAUGCCGGGCGUGGGUUGCCGUACGCCGGGCCGGUCCCCACGCCGCAGCCUGCGCCGCCAGCUGGAACCAAGAGCAAGAAGCCCAAGAAUCUCAAGUACAUUUUGAUUGGGGCGAUCGGUGGCGGGGUCCUGCUGCUCGCCGUGGUUGCGGCUGUCGUGUUCUGCGUCGUGUGUUCCGGGAGGCGUAGGACCGACCAGAGGGAAAGCGGGUCUCCGAGUGCGCCGCCACCAGGGGUGCAAGGGAGUUCCAGGGCUGCUGCGGCAGCUGCUGCUGGUGGCACACAGCCUGCUUCUACUGCUUCGCCGACGAACAUGGCGAAGGUUGGCGAUUCAUUUGCUUAUGACCAGCUCGCCGAUGUCACCUCAGGGUUUGCGGACGAGAGGCUUAUCAAGCACGGUCACUCUGGCGAUCUUUACUACGGUCAGCUCCAAGACGGGACUACCGUGGUCGUGAAGAGGAUCACCUCCCGCGUGACCAGGAAAGAAGCGUAUAUGACGGAGCUGGAUUUAUUCGGGAAAGGUCUGCAUCAGAGGCUGGUGCCGUUCGUGGGGCAUUGCCUUGAUAAGGAGGACGAGAAGGUUCUUGUGUAUAGGUUUGUUCGGAAUGGUGACCUGUCAAGUUCGCUGCAUAGAAAGCAAGGGGAGGAAGAGGAGGGAAUGCAAUCGUUGGAUUGGAUAAAGAGGUUGAAGAUUGCAACAGGGGUAGCUGAGGCGCUGUGCUACCUUCAUCAUGAGUGUACUCCACCCAUAGUUCACAGGGAUGUGCAGGCCAGCAGUAUCCUCCUUGAUGAUAAAUUUGAAGUUCGCCUUGGAAGUUUGAGUGAGGUGUGUCCUCAAGAAGGGGAAAGUCACCAAAAUGUCAUCACAAAGCUAUUAAGAUUCUCAUCGACGGCGGAUCAAGGUUCUUCUGGUUCUCCAUCUGCAACAUGUUCAUAUGAUGUGUACUGUUUCGGAAAAGUUUUGCUGGAGCUGGUGACAGGGAGACUUGGUAUCAGUGCAUCAAGUGACAGUAAAACAAGUGAUUGGCUUGAUAACACUCUGAGGUAUAUCAACAUUUACGAGAAAGAGCUCAUGAGCAAAAUCAUUGACCCAUCCCUGAUCAUCGACGAGGAUCAUUUGGAGGAAGUCUGGGCAAUGGCAAUUGUCGCGAAGUCUUGCUUGAAUCCUAGGUCUUCAAAACGCCCACCAAUGAAAUAUAUCCUGAAAGCACUAGAGAAUCCCUUGAAAGUGGUCAGAGAAGACAACGGCUCUAGCUCGGCCAGGUUGAGAGCAACAUCUUCAAGGGGUUCGUGGAAUGCUGCAUUCUUCGGGAGUUGGCGGCAUAGCUCUUCUGAGAUAGGUCCUUCAAGGGAUGACCACAUGUUUAAGCGCUCAGAGACAAUCAAAUCAUCUGGUGGGAGCAACGGUGAACAUUCUUCCUCCCGCAGGAGGCAAUCUAAGGAGAUCUUCCCCGAGCCAUCUGGCUCUCGUGACACCGAGGAUUAAGAAUCUUCCGUUGCUUCUUUUUGUGAUCCUUUGGGUUAACAGAGGUGGCUCUGUUGAAGCUCUGCUGCCAGCGCGUGACUAAAUUCUUACAGCUGAAAAGCCAUAGGGCGAAUUCGCCUGCUGCCAAUGGCUUCACAAGCAGCAUACUGUCGCCAAGGCACCAUUUUUUUGGGUUGGAGUGUGUGGUGAUCAUAUGGAGGUUGGUGUACCUUGCCUGGGACACUAGCACUGUCUGGAUGAUGGUGGAGUGACUCUAGUUUCUCUCCACCAUCUUUUCUUUUUAUCCCUUCUCAUGAUUAAAGGAAAAAAUGUCGAGCUGAUUCUUUUUCUCCUUCCUGCUGUAAUUGAUUGCUUCAUUUUGAUUAUAGCAAAAGAUGUUCGUUCCA